CCCCUGCGAGUGCUGCAUCAAAGCCGGGGUCAGCUACGCCGUGAAUCCCGCCCCAGCGUUUAGCCUAAAUAAACGCAAAGGAGGAGCUUGUCCCAGUCGGGACAAGAAACCUUGCAAAAGAACCCUGGUAACUACUUCAGCACGGAAAGGGGAGUGUGUCGAGUUUCAGCGAGCACGGGAGUGACCGAGCACUGGCAAGUCAGUCUGCAAGAGACUCAGAGCGCGACAGUCUGCACAGCAGAGCUCGGCAAAUGGCAAAGCGGAGGCACGCUCCGACUGCGUAGACCAUCGGACCUUUCAACAGUACAUUAGCGAAUGAUUUUAAAAGUCUAAAUCAGAAUGUCUCGUAUCAUUUCAAAACUGAAAUCGAAAUUUUAAAGUUUAUCAGGUAGUUGCCUGCGGAAGACAGCUGUUGCAUGCCCUGUACGACCUCUCCUUAGAAGUUAAAUCACAGUUUUGUUUUCUAUCCCUUGCUGGUAAUUCCCGCGUUACUCAUCCCUGGAUGCCUAUUGGAGUUUUCUUUUGGAUGCAAUUUUAACCGAAUAUCAAUAUCAACAUGGAAAAGGAUCAAAAGUGGAAAGUUUUGCCUCCGUCCGUCACGGAGAGGACUUGUAGCGAGCAUCCUUGCAAAAAGCGCUUUUGGAAAAAUUGGCAGGACCUCUCCGGUGUAACAGUUUGCGCCGCUUUGACUUUGAUGUGUUUGGGAUUUUGCACUUUGAUUUAUCUGAGGACCUCGGAGCUACAGUCCAGGAUCCUCAAUCUGGAAAGUCAGAGAGACGCAGGGCUUUCGGGCUGGAUCGCUCUGGAACAGGUGGAGCCCGUUAUUCUAAGUCGACUGGAUCAGAUUUUGGAAGAGAAGCUCGCUGCUCGUCUGCCCAAGAUCCGAGAGGCCAGGGAUGCCCCCCAUGGCUGUCUCUGCCCCCCAGGACCUCCAGGUCCACCUGGGCGUUCUGGCUUUCCGGGGGACAAAGGAAGCAUGGGGAUACCUGGACGAAUGGGGUUAAAUGGACGGCUGGGGGACAAGGGGGCGCCAGGGGAACCUGGUCUGUCUAUCAUUGGCCCACGUGGACCUCCUGGACAGCCGGGGACAAGAGGAUUCCCAGGCUUUCCGGGUCCGAUUGGUCUUGACGGGAAACCAGGCCACAAUGGACUCAAGGGCGAUACGGGCCCCCGCGGUCCAAAAGGAGUGCCGGGAGAACCUGGACCCAAAGGAGAGAAGGGUUUAUGUGGAGAGUACUCUCACCGGAAGCGUCGUAUCGUCAACAGCUGUGCAGGAGGACAGGCCAGCCAGGGCGAACCUGGAGCUCCGGGACCUGCUGGACCUCCGGGGCCUCCUGGCCCUCCUGGUGGAUCGGGACUCAAUGGACCCAGUGGCCCACCGGGCAAACCAGGUGAGCCAGGCAAACCAGGAAAGGACUCUAAGAUGUUGCUGGGAAUAAAGGGGGAGCCAGGUAUACCAGGGCACAAGGUGGAUGAAGGCCCACUGGGACCUGAAGGCCCCAAGGGCCUGAAGGGUGAUCAGGGAGAUAAGGGUGACAAGGGAGAAGGCAGUGCAGCAGGAACCGGAAUCAAAGGAGAACCAGGAAUCCCAGGCCUUUCUGGUCUAGCAGGACCCAAGGGUGAUAAAGGUGACCAGGGAAUCAAGGGUGACAUAGGAACGGAAGGGCCCGCUGGACCAAGGGGUCCACAGGGUCCAGCAGGAGAACCGGGCAAAGCAGAAAUCAACAACAAUGAAAAUGAUAUCCGUAAUGUUCCACUCAUGGGUCCCCCUGGCUUACCUGGCCCUCCAGGGUCUCCUGGUAUUUCUGGCAUGAAGGGGGAUAUUGGAUUACCAGGACCUCCAGGACAUGACGGGGAAAAGGGUCCCAGAGGGAAGCCUGGAGAGCAGGGUUUUGGGGGCCCCACAGGCCCAGAGGGGCCCCGUGGAGAAGGGGGGGUGAUGGGAUACCCCGGGCCAAAGGGAGACAAGGGGGACAUGGGUCCGUCAGGGUCACCUGGCCCGAAAGGAGAGUCAGGAGAGAAGGGAGGGGCAUCUGACAUGGUCUAUGGGCCCCCAGGACCUCCAGGGCCUCAAGGGCCAGUUGGCGGCUUGGGGCCUCAAGGAAACUCAGGGCCAAAGGGGGAGCCGGGCAUUGGGAUGCGUGGGGAGAAGGGAGCCAGUGGCCAGAAGGGAGACAAAGGGGACAGGGGUCAUUUGGGACUUCCUGGUCUGAUUGGGCCAGGAGGUGUUCCUGGACCAGCAGGACCAAAGGGUGAAAUGGGGUAUAAAGGAGACACAGGAGUUGCUGGACCAAUCGGGCCUCAAGGCAUCCCUGGUUUAGUUGGACCACCAGGACUGAAAGGCACACGGGGGGAGAGGGGCAAGAGAGGCAACAGGGGGUCCAAAGGGGAUAAGGGAGACCAAGGAGCCCCUGGAUUAGAUGCCCCGUGUCCGUUGGGUGAGGACGGGCUGCCUGUACCAGGCUGUUGGAAUAAAGGCCAGAAUCCCUUCCAGCUUGCUAAGAAGUAACUCGGCCCGACAGCAGUUGCUGCCGCAUCUUCACAUAAAACUACAACAGGAAACUUGAGGAGAAUUUUGGAGAUAAUCUUUGAGUUUCUGAUUCGCCACUGGGAUUGCCAUGCCAACGGAUUUCCCUGCAGACUGAGUGAAAAGCCUGCAAUAUUGGCUGGUACCACAAGGGGGCAAUGUGGGCUGGCUGACCUCUCGUUUAAAAGCAAAAAUGAGGAUAUGACCUAUGACCUUUAUGUUCUCUAUCAAAGGCUUCAUUGACAUUGACAGAAAAAAAACUACAGAAAAAAACGCAAGAUGCAUUUCAUUUUUGUAUGACCUUUUGUCUGACUUUCUGAUUUUGUUCACUAUGUGAAAGACUUUUUAUAGAGUAUUAUAAUUUCACUUCAUUUUAUUUAAUUUUUUUCUAUAUUUUGAUGCAAGCUACUGUGAUCCCAGAAUUCAGUGCAGCUCACAGAACCGGCCGAUGACCUGAAUAUGCACGCUCGAUUAGCAGGCGACUGUGUGCCGUAUCAGGGUCAUGUCCAGGUGUGCCUCAGAGUCGCCUCUGUCGGGCCGUGACUCCUUUAACCACAGACACCAAAAAGCUUUCUUCUCACAUGAUUCCUGAUGUCAGACCCACACUGCCUUCUGCUAGCCAGGGUCCUGCAGGGUAGCCGUCAGGUGAGGAUGAGGAGAAAGGAUGAAGAUCUACUGAUAAGGGAGAGAGCUCAGAGCUCUUUUACAGUAACAGAGCACCACACAAGCUGUAGUCACUUGUCACAAAUCCAUAGCCAGCUACUCAACUUCAGGAACACUUUGUGUAUUCCUGAGGGGCUGUUUGUAGUAGUUGUCAUUCGUUUCACUCCAUUGGCUGUUGACAUGAUAGUUGCCCAUCAGCCGAAGGUUCCCCUUAGGCCUGGACCCCGGCUAACAGACAUGUUCUCACAUAGCGAGACUCAAGCUUAUUAUUAUAGUACUACACACAACAGGUGUUUUACGUCUUGAGAAUUUCAGUAGGAGGGGGUUUAUUCGUGCAAACACUACUGCAUGAUCUCUCAUAGAAAUUAUAGAUGCCACAGACAACAUUCAUGAUUUCUGAAUCAAAUCCAUGUAAAAAGUGUUUCCUGCAUGAUUUACAUCAGUUGUCAUUAUCAUCAUUACUUCCAUUCAUUAGUAUAACAGGUGAUUUACUAAGAUCCUUCUGAGAGGAAGUGAAGUACCACGCUGCCAUUUUAGGUCUACAAUACAGUUGCAUAGUUUCUUUCUCAGUGCAGAAUUUUACCUUCAUCUGUGAGUAACUGCAGCAGGAAGUACAGUACUCGUGCAGAGUCAUGGUUGGGCAGCUAGCGUGUGCUGGAGUUAUUGUUGUUGUCUACUCUAGUGGAGACUUUUUUUCAUUUCUAUCUCAAUUGUUCAUUUACGAUGUUGUUUUCUUCUUCAUUUUGUGUCAUUUUUCAUUACAUUUGUUUGUCAGGUGACAUAGUCACGUGUUACUGACGAAGACAAAGGGAGUUAGUUGUCUGAAUGUGACUGAGGAUUGGAGGCAUUUGGCCUCUCUGUGCUGUGUGGAGGAGCUGGAACAGCUGAGACACUUAGCCGUGCUAAAUUUGUCCUGGAAACACUGAGCGUACCCCUGUCACCACUGUGAUGAUGUGUAGGGCUCUCAGCGACUCACUCAAACACCACGGGGAGAACGCCAACACUGAUGUAUUGUAUUCACUGUGUAUUGAAACGAUGGUUUGCCAUCAGUUGUCCAGUUAUCCAGACUAAGCUGGGACUGAAAUUGAUGUGUUUAAUGCCAGUUUGCUCCUGAGAUCACGGAGAGCAAAUAGAGGAUGGUACCAUCAUUAUCAGUGGCACCAGUGUUGGUUUCAACAAUGUUCUGCAGCACAGAGUCUCUGCACGCCAUCUCUGUUCACUCCCAGUGUUAGCCAAAGACAUUAGCACUGUAGAGUGUCUCUGGGUAGGAUUUCACCUCUAUCAGCAUCUACAGAGGGGCAGUUUAUUGCUCUUUUUCAUGUAUUUACCACUCUUCUCUCUUUUUGUUUUAUUUUGUUUUCUUUUCCGAAAGCCUAAUGCACAGAAGCAUUCCUGUUGUCGUAGCGACACCUGCCUUCCGACCUGCUCAGAACUUAACCAGCAUGCACAUUUGAUCACUGACCUUGUCGUUACAACUUGACUGAAGAUAGUGUAAAUAAUUUCACACUGCUGUAAUUGACAAAAACCAAGGGGGUGCUUAUGAAAACUCCUUAAAUUUGCCUUCCCGUGUACAUAUAUCUGCAUUCACAUUCUUUGCAGAGUAAUGCUGACGACCCCCAAAAGUAACACCACGGUUGAGUUGUCAUGCUCAUUUAAAUAAAUGACAUCACAAACUCUAGAAACCAAACGUAGAAAGAACACCGCGCACACACACACACACACACACACACACACACACACACACACACACACACACACACACACACACACACACACACACACACACACACACACACACACGCACACAUCUUGUUAAAAAAAGAAUAUGAGGAGAGAGUCCCCAGCAUAGUCCACUGAAAAAGCCUUUAUCAUUUGGCUAUACCUGUUUUUUCACUUAUGUUUGUUUGACAAUAUGUUUGGGCAUUCUCUCAGCCUCCCUGAAACCUUUUGGACAUUCUUGAAUCAAAAGCUGCAAUGAAAAGCAUGCUGUCAAAAUUAGACACCAUCCAGAAGUGUGAUGUGAGAUUUAGAAUAUUAUAACGUAUUGGUAUUUGUUUAUUAUUGUAUUAUUUAAGCAGAUGUGAAUUAUGAUGCUUUUUUUUAAUGCAUGUUUAGUCCGCAGUCUUCAUUGAAUGAUCCCAAAUUGGAUCAGUCUCUGUUUUAGACUGGGGUCAGAUCUGCCACAGACCCGCCCCCCCCCCGAAUCAGAAUUACCAGCUCCCAAUACCACACCAUCACCUUGGAAUUGAUCAAGUUUAACACAGUUAAAAAUUCAAAAUCUCUUGUAAAAGACGAAUGGGAAAAGUCGCUUGGAAAUCAUUAGACAAGGAGCGCACACUAAGUCGAUUAUUUCCUCUUCCAUAAACUGCUAUGAUGAAAUAGUGACAGGUGGAUGUCAACUAGAUCACUCAGCUACCACGAGUACCUGAUUUAGUGUCAGGUGACAUGCUAUCGUUCAUUCAUAUUUUGGAUACUUGAGGGUUCAUUUAAUAAGAGGGUAACUUUAUCCCCCCUAUUUCCUUUUGAAGUAAUGGAGUUAUAAUUUUUACAAAACAGGGCAUGUAUGCAUUUGGGUUUAGGUACGUUGCAUUGCGUAUAUUUGAGGAGGAGAGAUUUUGCACAUCAGUAGAAAUAUAGCGUGAUUUAACCACAUGUUUUUGAGCAAAGGUGUAUGAUGUUCAUACACCAUGACUUUUCUUUUAAUACGCAGGACAUUUCCCAAGAGCAAAGAGCGAGCACUUGUUCAGUGCUUCUGUCUCAUUUGAUCUUUUGUGCACACUGUACUCCUCAUGUGAUAUAUUAAAGAAACGUGAACACUAGAUGUAGUUGAACGUUUUUCUGUAGCAAAGAGAGGAAAACAGCUAGGCUAACAAUGAUGAUGUAAUUCUGAAGGUAUGGGGGGUAUGAGUCAUACCCAUGCAUCUUAUCUCAGUCUCCAAGGUGUUUUGCAUUUGUUUAAAUUUUUCAUGGGCUGAACAAUGUGACUAAAUGCAGCAAAAACAUUUGAAAACAAACAAAACCUGCAAAAAAGAGGAUUAUCUUUUCACUCAGAAUUCAUUCAGAAUUACUUCAUUAUUUCUAGCAAUGAAACAUUUUUAUUUUUACAACAAAAUCAGACAACUGCACCCUUUAACACGAUUGCAUUGAUCUAAGAAUGCUUUUUUUGAGUUAGCUUGUAAACAUAUACAAACUGCUUUUUAUUCUCUUCUUGAGUGUGGAUCUAAACACGUGCCUGGUAAUGCUGUAAAUAGCUGUAGUGUGAAUAAGUGAGUAAGUACAGGCAGGUAUUUACGUAUAUAUAUAUUGUGAUUCUGGGUGACCAUAAUGACAUGUAUAGGAUUGAGAAACCAGGAUGGUGCUGAUAUUUGAAGAGUACACAUUGAUACUGAUGAAACGAUUUAGCAGCAUGCUGCUGUUUAGCAGAUGCUGUUGAGUUGAAUCUGAAUCUGAGUUGAAACUGAACUGUUGUGCAUUGUACUUUGAUGCCAGUAUGCUUUAUGCAUUCAAAGUGUUUCCUAAAACAUCACUUUAGUUUUCACUUUCUGUGUUUGUUUAAAAAAAAAGUGGCAUUUGGGAUAACUAACUCACUGUAGUUCACCAAAGACUCCAUUUAAUUUUCACUGUUUAAAGAUGCAAUGUGUAGUUUUUUUCUUAAAAAUACAAACGACUUUGGACCAGUAAUGAUGUAAUUCUGAAAGUAGGUCUUAAAGCAUUUUCAUUUUUGACAAAAAAAACUAUAUAUUUGCACUUUAAAUGUAAAUUGUAUUAUGUACUGUAUGUGUUAUGUAGAGAUAAAGAUGUAUUAUAUUUUAAAUGAACCAUGCUUGAUUAUUUUGUAUUUUCAUGCUUUUCAGACCAGUGAAAACCAUAACUGUACCUGUAAAUGAAUUUGAGGGCAUUUAUUUCAAUGAUUUACUUACUUACUACAAUGAUGUUGGUUUUUGUUUUUGUAAUUUACUGACUGAUCGCCUGCAUGCUUUGGGUCCUGUGCACUAUUUCCGCACCCUGAGUGGACAGCCACCUAUGUCCUCCGCGUUUCUAUUGGAGAGAUCACUGUGUGACAGACACAACAUUACAGUACAGUUCACAUUACUUCUCUAUUGAAAUGUUUGCAAGCUAAGCAUUGAACUGAGAUGUAAAACUUAUUUUCUUUAGAUUCACUGUGAUCAUCAUUAUCAAAUGUCAGAAACAUUAAACUCAGUCGAAAGUG